GGGGCCGCGUCCCAAGCGUCCGCCCUCGCCGCUGCAGGCUCGGUGCCCGGCCGGCCGGCCAUGGAGGCCACGCGCCCCCCGGCGCCCGGUCCUGGCUACGGGCGCCCCUCGCUCCGCGCCGCCGGCCGGGACCCUACGGCCGCACCCGUGUCGGUGCCCGCGCCGCCGCAGGGCCCCGCCUCGGAGUUCGCGCUGCCGCAGGAGCCGAAGCCGCGGGCCGCGGACCUCGGGGCCCCGGGGGCGGGAGCAGGGACGGCGGGGCCCCCGGCGCCGUCGGCGCACAUCCCGGUGCCAGCGCAUAGAGCCCCCCCAGGAAAAGCCCGGCCGGACGAGGUCAUGGCCGCUGCAGCCCUGACAAGCCUGUCUACCUGCCCUCUCCUGCUAGGAUCCCCGGCUGUAGCCUUCAGCACAGAGCCCAGCCUGGAGCCCUGGAAGGAGGCACUGGCGCGGCCGCUGGGCGGCAGCAGCAGCAGCAGCAGCAGCAGCGGCGGCGGCGGGGACUGGGGCUGGGACCUGGCCAGCGACCAGUCCUCUCCAUCCACCCCAUCGCCCCCACUGCCCCCUGAGGCAGCCCACUUCCUGUUUGGGGAGCCUGCUCUGAGGAAGAGGAAGAGCUCGCUGCAGGUCCUGUUCCAGUGUCUGUGGAAGCGCUGCGGGAAGGUGCUGAGCACGGCCUCCGGGAUGCAGAGACACAUCCGCCUGGUGCACCUGGGCAGGCGGCAGGCAGAGCCGGAGCAGAGCGAUGGCGAGGAGGACUUCUACUACACGGAGCUGGACGUGGGUGUGGACUCGCUGACCGCGGGGCUGUCCAGCCUGAGCCCGGUGUCACCCAGCACCUGUGUGCCACCCGCCUUCCCCUGCCUGGCGCUGCCGGAGCCCCCCGCCCUGCCCCGCCUGCUGCGCCCGCUGGCCCUGCCCCCACCCCCGGUGCUCAGCGCCUCGGCGCCCCCCCAGGUGUGCCACAGUGACCACGCCUACCAGGGCUGCCUGGCACCCGCCCACCUGGAGCCACGGCCGGCCACGGUCAGGGCCUGCGCGCCAGCCCUGCCCGCCAAGCUUGGUCCAACCCCGAGGAAGCCCCGAGGGGAUGCCAAGAAGUGCCGGAAGGUGUAUGGCAUGGAGCGCCGGGACCUCUGGUGCAGGGCCUGCCGCUGGAAGAAGGCCUGCCGGCGCUUCCUGGACUGAGCCCGCCGCCCGCCCGGGGCCUCGCCCGCUUGCAGGCUCUUCUCUUGGAUGGGAGUCCACACCACUCAAAGUGCCUCUGAAGAAACCAGCCUUUUGCACUAAAGCCAAACCUCACUGCUGUCCCCUUGGCCUGGGGUCCCCAGGGGUGGCUGCCCCCGCCUGUCGGCCCCGGACUUGUCAGGGGUGUGAUGGGCCCCGCUUCGGGGCCACAAGGGGUUGUCCUCGAUGCACUUUGAGGGGCGUCAGGGAGGGGCACCCCCGCCUGACAUUUGAGGCCGGGGUGGCAUUCGUACCGUGUUUGCGAAGCUCAGGUGUCUCACGUCUGGGCCGAACCAGGCGAGGAGUAAAAUUAAAGAUUUGGGGUUUUUCCAAAA